CACAUCUUAAUAUAAAUUUUCUAAGAAAGACAAAAUAACUAUUUUAUUAUCAUAUAUGAAGAUAAAAAUGGCUUUCGAGUUACUGUUUUGGGUGGUUUUAAUAGCAUCGUUCUGUUUGCAAUACGGAGAUGGCCGGAUGACUCUAAGCAUUACAGAUUUUCUAUCCGAUUCUGACAAUACGAACGCUGAUCAUUCUCAAGCAUUUCAAGAUGCAUGGAAAGCGUUAUGCAAAGCAAAAGGGGGAAAGGAGGCACCAUCUCUAAUAAUCCAUGCCAAUGAAACAUAUACUGUACGACCACAAUUGUUUCAAGGUCCUUGUGUAUCUCGUAAUCUUCACAUUCGGAUCGAUGGAACAAUUGAAGCGCCGAAAACGGUUAGAGAGUGGGGAAGCCAAAGAAGUGAGUAUUGGUUAUGUUUCGAGAGGGUGACAGGUCUUGUUCUCGAUGGAUCUGGUCUCCUCAAUCCCCAUGGUGCAGCUUGGUGGUCUUCUGUUGCAGCCAACUCCCGACCAGAGGCAAUGAGAUUUUCUGGAUGCAAAGAUAUUAUAUAUAAUGGGUUAACUCAACUGGAUAGUCCAAAAAUUCACAUUGCAAUUAGUGGUUGCAUCAAUGCAACUUUAUCAAAUCUUCAUCUAAUCGCACCAGCAAACAGUCCAAAUACAGAUGGCAUUGAUAUCUCUUUUUCACACAAUAUCCGUAUUCUCAGCUCGUCGAUCAAAACCGGUGAUGAUUGUGUUGCCAUUCGAGGUGGCUCGUACGAUAUCAACGUAACUCGUGUGACAUGUGGUCCGGGUCAUGGCAUAAGUAUAGGAAGUUUGGGGAGAGAAGGAGCCACUGACACGGUACAAAACGUGAAUGUAAGACACUGCACUUUCACUGGAACUCAGAAUGGUGCAAGAAUCAAGACUUGGGAUGGAGGACGAGGUUUUGCCAAAAAUAUAUUGUACGAGGAUAUUACGCUGAUAAAUGCCCAAUUCCCAAUCAUCAUCGAUCAACAUUACUGUAAUGGUGGUCACUGUACAACGGCCACUGCUGUGAAAGUGAGCGACGUGACAUUUAGAUACUUCAAAGGGACAUGCGCAGAUGCUAUUGCAAUAAAAUUAGACUGUGACCAAAAAGUAGGUUGUGAUAACAUCGUGAUGGAACACAUCAAUAUCACUUCAUCAGCUCCAAAAACACCUCUCAGCGCAUAUUGCCAAUUCGCUAAUGUAAUUAGACGCUUUGUCAACAUUCCUAUCAGAUGUGGUUCUCAUAAACUUCUUCAACCUCUUGCACCGUAUUCUGAUCAGCCUCCAUCACCGUAUCCUCAACCUCAACCUCCUGCACCGCAUGCUCAAUCUUCAAUGUUCUCUUCUUUUCUAUAUUUUAUGUAAGCCCUUCUUGUAAUUAAGUUGGGUCAUAUAUAUUACUAUGUUGAUUGUCGAAAUGUGAUUUAACAAGUUAUUGGAAUUGGGUUUCGGUUACGCUCAUUUAUCCACAGUUUUAGGGGUUUAAU